AUGAGCGUGCCAAUGGGCAACCUCUACCCUGUGCCGGACGGAGUUACUGACGAGCAAGCUGCACAAUUUUCGGUGAACCCUCUGACUGUGUGGGGCCUCCUCGCCACAAUGUCAAAGGCAGAGUCAGGAAAAGCCGAACAGACCAAGAAGUGGGUGAUCAACACCGCUGCCGGGGAUUCUGUGGUGGGCGCAUUUGACUGUGUCGGCGGUGAGGUGGCACGCGCAGUGGUGGCAGCUACAAAUCCAGGGGCGCCUAUGCUGAUCUAUGGGGCACUCGGAGGCCCCACUCUGCAGAUCAACACGCUGGAUAUAUUUCUCAACAAGAAGAUCCAGCCAUUCCUCCUGCGGCAGUACCUCGGGAGUGAGGGCCAGAACAGGCAGAAGGUCUUUGCCUCUGUCAUGAAACUCAUCCAAGAUGGCAUCAUCAAGCUGCCUUCAGGAAAGCGGUACCCUCUUGCAGAUGUCAGAACAGCUGCUGCAGAAUCUCUCAAGAUGGGCGGUAAAGAGAAAGUGUUCUUGGAAGGCUAG